CAAGAAGAGAACCCUUAGGAUCAAAUUCAGGCUAUACCAAAAAUACCAGAGCCAUACAAUUGUUCUUUUGUUGCGUUCAGCUGUGCACCUAGUUGUUGAUUGGAUUCUUCCGCGUAUCUGUUAGACGAGAGUUCUUUAUCUCUGUCGAGAGAAACAGAAACGUGACCGUGAGGGAAGCCCAUUUUCUUUUUCUGUCGUGCGUGCUGUAUCCUUCCUCUAGUCCUGGGACUGAGAAGUAGGAGGCUACGAAGAUACAAAUGUGACCCUUGAUUUCAUCUACUUAUGAAAAACUACAGGCUCGUUAUUUCCCUUAUACAGCAGCUGAACCAGAAGCACCACACCACGCAAUUCUUUCAAGUAUUGUUGAUGUUUGUGGCCCGCUGCGACUAUUAGAUUCAUCUUCAUAACUCCAUCCUCCACCUUUACUGCAUCUCCUUCUUGCUAUCGCUUUACGUCGCUCUUGAUCGUUGAAUCAUUUACCGCUCUGCUCUGCAUUUACCCUGCUUGCUAGCUAGUUGUACCAGAAGAACCAGCAUAUUUGAAAGGGAACAAGAAAAUGGCGACCGAAAUCCUCGGUGAGGUGCAGGGCAUCCUGGGCAAGGAUGAGAAAAAGAAGAAGAAGGAGAAGAAGGAGGAGUCCCGCGCUUCCUACGGUGACGAUGACGACAACCGAGAUUGGCGUGGAGACUACAAAGCCCUGAAGAAGAGCACAGCAGCCGAGAUCAAAGAGCUUCAAGCUCUGCGAGAGCAGUUUACUGUGCCAGUGACGACCUACGAGGACAAGGAUAGAUGGAAAGAGGCCUGCAAGUUCAUGGAACGAGAGGUCGAAGAAUUCUGCAAAAGAUCAAUGAAAGAUCCGGGAAACCAGUUUGGAGUUAGGGUCUUAGGCGAGCUCGAGGAGAUGAUGACUACGCAGUUUUAAGGCCCAACUUUCAUUGGUCAUUGGGGUUGGUCACUGAGAUCGCAGAGGGGCUCUCCCUACAGAGAACAGGGGAAAAUGAAUAUGAAGGGAAAAGGGGAGAGCUUUGACGAUGGAGGUCUCUUACUUUCAGAAUCAGUGACCACUGACUGCUGACCUUUAACAGUUGCACAAUUUGUUGCAGGGGAAGCACAGACAAUAUUGCGAAUUGAAAGCAAAGGAGAUUCGGACUGCGUACUAGCUAUACUGUUACAGUUACUUUUCUUUAAGAACUGAUGUUGGAUCGGACUGUGCGUACUUGCUGUUACUUUUCUUUAACUCCUGUUGGAAGGAAUAGAUCUAUGUAAGUAUGUUCAACUUUCUUGACUGAACUUGAAAUGCAGCUUGAUGUGAUCUUGAGAAUCAGAAGGUAGACAAUUCCCCACGACCUUUCUUCCAAACGUCUUUCAUCGUUGAUCUUCCCAAGAAUUGUUUGCUGCAUCGAUCCACCUAAAGAAGUAAGGAAAAGAACCACCUUGACCUCCACAUCAGCCUCCAAGCCGCCUCCAACGCGUAUAUUGAGCGGGUUCGCGACGAGAGUGGGUUCCAGCUGACCAAGCCGUAUCCCGAUUUCUGUUGGUCAGUUGCGAAGCACAUGCUUCUCGGUGUACAACUGGAAAUCACGCAGUCCAAAAACUUCCGCUUGGGCAAGCUUCCAGAUGAGGUUUUGGAGCUGGAAAAGAGGACCAGUAAACUUCGAGCGUCAUCGAAGAAGAAUGGUGGAGCAUGAAGAUCAAGAAAGUCAAUCAAUGACCUAAGGUCGUGAAUCGUGAUCGUGAUAGAUACCUCAUAUAAAGAUUGAUAGAGAAGUGUUAAUCCCCAACAUAUUUGGUUGAUACGAAUUAUACUUGCUCAGCAUACCAUCUACCAUGAUAAUGAUCGCUGUAGAUGGGUUUUGCAUCUGUAAAGUUUAUAUAAGCUCCAACUACAUCGGAGAAUGACGUUAGCUGUACUAGUAACGUGGGAUAAGUAAAUACUGCUCCGGCUAGUAGGAGGAUAAUUAGCGAUCUUACGCCAUCGCUCAUUUAGUACUUUAAAGACGAGGACUGUUCUCGGGUGUUAAGUAUUUAGGGAAGUAACAACUGAACAGGAUGGCUGAGUAGAAUAUUGGGAAAUAAGGGUUAUCAAAUGUUCUUGCCUGACUUUUCUUUUUUCGGUUUUUGUUUUUUCUAGUUAGAUAUGCUCCACCAACAUUAUCAUGAAUAUUAAUGUUAAUAUUCCGAACAAAGGUAGAGCUUGUAUUUGCAUAGACAUCUUCCUCAUCGACGCUCGUUGCGCACCACCUACGCGAAUGAACCAACGCCUUUUUACGACUUGACUGAAAAAACAAAACUAGAGGCUCCACCCGGUGGAACAGGAAUACUUGAUCUGGC